AUGUCUCACUCUUUGUCUUCGGAUCCCAAUACCUACCCUCCAGGCUAUCUCGAAGAGUAUUCAGGCCAGGGGCUCAUCGCUGCAUCCGUGGCUUUUAUCGUCCUUGAAGUGCUCGUUGCGGGCUUGCGACUCUACGCCCGCCGUAUGAAGGAACCUGGUAGAGGAUUAGACGACUGGUUCAUCUGGCCUGCCUUGUUCGUGAACGUGGCAACAUGCAUUGAAGGAGUCGUUCUCAUUCCGUUGGCAGGCGUAGGGCGCCACUUGGCGGCUAAUUAUAUCUACCAUCCUGAGAAGCUCGAAGCGUGGAGAAAAGGAAUCUUCGCUUGUGUAUGGCUUUGGGCUCUCGCAGUCUGCCUACCGAAACUAUCCAUCUUGGGCUUCUAUCUCCGCUUCUUCCAGCGGCGAGUCGAGCGUAUGGUGACGUACUCGCUUAUGUUUAUUGUCGGAGCGACCUUCAUUGCCACUGGAGUGGCUACUACGUUCCAGUGCUCGCCGGUGGCUUUUCAGUGGGACAAGACCAUCCCAAACGGCAGAUGCUUCAACGUCCUCGCUUUCUAUCGUUGGAUGUCAUUUCCCAACAUCUUGACGGAUGCCGUCAUCCUUGUUCUCCCGCUACCCAUGAUAUGGCGUCUUCACACGUCGACGAAUACCAAGAUCGGAAUUAUGAUGAUGUUCAUGACUGGAAGCGUUGGUCUUAUUUCAUCCUGCCUGCGUUUCGUCAUCUUUUUCCGCCACAAUGCUUUCCAAGACAACACAUGGACAUCGGUUUCGCUGUUGACGUGGACGGACAUUGAGCCAGGCAUCUACUUCAUCGCCGCCUGUAUGCCGUCGCUGCGUCCAGUUUUUCUCCGUAUCCGUCAUUUCCUAGUGUUCCCGAGGAAAUCAAAGACAAUCACCAGCGACCCGGCCGUCGACGGUAGUCGAACGUUGAAUAUGGAGCUAGCCACCAUGUCCUUCUCAAAGGGAAACAAGCGUUCAGGCUUCGAGCGACUGGUCACCGCGGAAGCAUCAUCCGAAGAAGGAAGAGAGCACGGACAAUUCAAAGGUCGAGGGACCAUCCCGAGCGGGAACAUUGGUGUUACUAAGAAUAUAACAAUCGAGCAUGAUAUAGCGUAGGAUGACAAGACGCUGCAUCAGUAACGUCACAAGCGCCUCCCUUGCAUCUAUCUCGAAUAGUCUCCAGUCUUGAGCAGCUAUAGAUAGAAAGUAGCUACAAUGUCUCCACUUUGUAUAGGUCGCGGAUUCGAGGUUAGUGCUAUUAUUUGGGUCGCCGUUUGGGGCAUUAGGAAGAUGACGGUUGGAUUUCUCACCUUUGGCAUCCAGUC